GUUUGCGACUUGAUUGGGAAGUAAAGUAUUGACUGACACCAUCCUAAAAUCAAGUCGAGAGUCAAAUAUCGUCUAACUUUGCAACGGUCAUUCCCUAAGCAAGAACUAAUUAUAACCAACCUCCCAUUUACUCUUCCCUCUUCCUUUCCAAAAUACUCUCCUCUCCAGAAUAUUUUCCUUUCCAGAAUACUUUCCUUCUCAUCUCUUCUACUUCAAUGAAUCAAUAAAUUUAUGAAAACCCUCUAACAUACCAUUAAAUUUCAUUUGUAAAACAAAAAAGAGCAUUCUGGAUAUCAAUUAUGGCGGCCUUAACAACAACCAUGAUUAGUUCCACCCCCAACUCACUUAUCUCUUUUCCACUAUCUCUUCCACAGUCUUCCCUAUCAAGGGGACAUACCACCUUCCACAAUUUCCGUGAUCUACCUCCCAAUAUCCGCAGCACAAUCUGGCGUCUGGCUUUCCUGGAAACUCAGCCUCCUCGUCUCAUCGAAGUUCGUGCUCACACCGAAAAGAACCUAUUUUGGGAUAUGGAUUGCGAGAAUAUACUUUUCCCCCAGCCAACAGGAUCUACGGUAGUCAGAUGGAUGGAAAUCAAUCCGCGAGGUCGAUCUGUAAUCGAGAACGUAUCAUGUGAAAGUAGAAAGGCCGUGGAAGGAAUGUGGGAUUUCUGUUUCAAUGAUACGCACAAGGAGGAUCUUGGCAUGAUUGAACUUUUCAACGGUGACAACGGGCUCGAGGAUGCGAGAUAUCUGGAGAGAAAGGUUAUUGAGGAAACAUUGGGUUCCAGUUUUAGGAGAGGAAUUAAGUUCUUGAAGGAUCGGGAUACAAUUUACCUGAAAACCAAGGACUAUGAAACUAUGAGAGCAUUGCUGGAUUCGCGGGGUAGCAUGGUUAAUUUGUCUAGUUUGAGGAAGGUAGCGAUCGAUAUGUCUUGGAAUGGUAAUUACCUGUUGGAGAAACAGUUUUUUGAGGGUUGGAAUAGGGAAGAGACGAAAGCAGCUUCGAAAGGAGAACACGACAUAAGCGAGAUGAGAUAUAUCGGAGAGAAACCAAUGUUGAAGGAAUUGGAGGAGUUGACGAUGGUUAUGGAGGAUAAUCCACAACGAAGGGAGUGCGAGAUUCAGAACUUGUCGUGUCAACUUGAGGGGAAAGUGACCUUUCGAAAACAAAUGAUUACCAGGGAUAGUCUUUCCGAUGAGGCAUUGAUGAAAAGAAUGUAUUUGGCUGUAGAGCGUUUGGAGGAAUAUGAGAUUACGAGCAAUGGAAAUGUUAAGAUUGAAUUGGUCAUGGAAGGCCAUCUAGCGGCUUGUUGAAAAGUUGGUUAUGGGUAUAUGGAAAGGCAGACCAGGAGAUCAUGGAGUGAUUUGGGGGCUUUUGAGAGAAUGAUUUAUCUAUUGUUUGAGACUAUUGUUGUACGACAGCGUAUUCAUCAAAGACAAAUAAACACAGCAAUUAUCUCCUGAUUCUGAAGAAAUAGUAACUUCAAUAUAAGUCCCAUUCAGGUUUGCGAGUCUACUCUCAAGAUGCACCUAUUGAAGAGUAUUGGAUGAAAAAUAAGCUCCCUUUGAGGAACUUUCCUAACUGCAGCUAAUACAAUCAGUUCUUACCUAGGUAUACUGAACCAUAAAUUCAA